AUGGCAGAAGCACGCAAAGCUGUCGAAGACCUCGUGCGGCUUUCGAGUCGUGUGAUCCGCAUCCUCGGCCAAAACCCGGGUCCUUACACGCUGGCAGGCACCAACACCUAUCUCGUCACGCUCCCCUCCGCAGCAGCAACAUCGUCCAAGCUCGCCUCGCGCCCGUCGAUAUUGGUGGAUACAGGCGAGGGCAUCGACUCGUACAUUCCGCUGCUGGAACGAGCUCUCAAAGGAGCUGUCGAUGGCGAUGCGGUGCAGAAGGGGCAUGCACGCAAGACGUCGGCACCGACGAAUCGCGAAGACGCCAUGGAGGAAGAUGACGAGGACGAGGACGAGGACGACCUGACAUCGUGGAUCUCGGACAUUGUGCUGACACACCGUCACCAUGAUCACGUCGGCGGUCUACCUUCUAUCCUGUCGCUGCUUUCCAAACUCAGAGCUGAGGCCACCGUGACGCUGCCCGCUCCAAGGAUACACAAGUUCCCUGACGCACAGUCGGAUCCAGACCUCGUCAAGAUGCUGCACAGUCUACCCAAGGGCUCUUUUACUCCAUAUGCCGAGAUCGGGGGCGCACCGUCGCCGCUGUGGCCGCUUCAGGAAGGAUCUGUCGUGCAGGCGACCAACGAUAAGGUCUCAACAUCUCUGCAAGUGCUGCACACACCUGGACACACCGCCGACCACAUUUGCCUGCUCUUGACCGAGGAAAAGACGCUGCUCACUGGCGAUCACGUCUUGGGCCAAGGCACUACGGUGUUUGAGGAUCUCACUGCCUACAUGUCGAGCUUGCGCAAGUGCUCGCGUUCUCUCGAGCAAGUCGGACCGUCUCUGGAGGAACAGUCGAACACGACCGAGAACCGUCUCUAUCCUGCACAUGGACCUGUGGUCGAGGAAGGCCGAAAGAUGCUCAAACAGUACUUGGACCAUCGACUGGAGCGGGAAGCGCAGGUGGUGGAGCUGCUCAAAUCUUCGCCCGACGCAGACGCGGGGCCAACCCCGUCGACCGUGACCGUGGCAGGCAAGGAGUACCGACUGGGUUCGCCAUGGAAAAUUCGACAGAUGGUGCUCAAACUCUACUCGAACUAUCCCGAGAACCUGUUCCCGGCCGCAGCGCGCGGACUGUACCUGCACCUGCGCACACUAUCCUCGCCGGACGUGGAGCAGGCCAAGCCGUCGCGCGUCAGGUGUCUGCAGACGACAUCGUUUGCCAGGAGGGCGUCGGCGGAGGCAGCGCAGGAUGUGGGCAACUGCCCGCCCAUGCCGCAAAGCGAUCCCGAGUGGGUUGAGGCGAUGGAGCUCGAUUGGGCAUUGAUCGAACCGCAGCCGUCAGGCGAUGCGCCGAACCACGAGCACUUGUAG